AUGAUUGCCUAUGAUAGAUCUAUCAACUACAGAUCAAAUGAAGUGGAAAAUUUCGAGUCUACAGCUACCCUAAAUAAUGCAACAUUUACUGAAGCUUUAACAGAUGUUAAUAGUCCCCAAUUUCACAAACUAGCGACAGACUUUUGUGAGGCAAUGAAAGCAAUGUUUACCUCAUCAUCCUCACCAUUCAGCGAAGAUUACGAAGAUUGCGAGGUACUUUCAUUCAGUCCCGGCAGUGUAAAGGUUAGAUUUAGAUUAGGCUCAAAGAUAUAUUCAGAAGUUAAUAUGGAAACUAUACUAGGACAGCUUAAAAAUCAUUUACAGAAUAUGAUUACACGGGAAGGUCCAUGGAAUCCACUUAGAAUAGAUGAAACCACUAUUUUGAAUUUCAAAGAAUCGGAUCCAAAAUCCAUAAUAAAAUACAGUAGCCAGUUCAAGACGUCGACGGAAGAAACAUUAACAGAAACUCUCUCAUCUAGGUAUAGACAGCCAUCUUUAAAAGAGAAAGAAAUAAAAAAUAUUACAGAAUCAACAAAAAUUGAACCAUUCGCGUCUCUUGAUAAUUUGUCAUCUUUAAAAGAGAAAGAUAUAAUGUUUUCAAAACGUAUUAUAGAAUCAACAGAAAUUGAAUCGUCCCUGUCUCUUAAUGAUUUGUCAUCUUUAAAAGUGAACGAAAUAAGGUCUUCACAAAAUGUAAUAGAAUCAGCAGAAACUGAACUAUUCUCGUCUCUUGGUUAUUUGUCCUUGUCAUCUUUAAAAGCGAAAGAUAUAAUGUCUUCACAGAAUAUUAUAAAGUUAACAGAAACCGAACCAUCGCCGUCUCUUGAUAAUUUGUCCUCUUUAAAGGACAAAGAAAUAAUGUCUUCACAACGUAUAAUAGAAUCAACAGAAACUGAACCAUCGCCGUCUCUUGAUAAUUUGUCCUCUUUAAAGGACAACGAAAUAAUGUCCUCACAACGUAUAAUAGAAUCAACAGAAACUGAACCAUCGCCGUCUCUUGAUAAUUUGUCUUCUUUAAAGGACAAAGAAAUAAUGUCUUCACAACGUAUCAUAGAAUCAACAGAAUCUGAACCAUCUUCGUCUCUUGAUAAUUUGUCAUCUUUAAAAGAGACAGAAAUAAUGUCCUCACAACGUAUAAUAGAAUCAACAGAAAUUGAACCAUUCUCGUCUCUUGAUAAUGUGUCCACUUUAAAAGAAAAAGAAAAAAUGUUUUCACAACGUAUCAUAGAAUCAACAGAAUCUGAACCAUUCUCGUCCCUUGAUAAUUUUUCCACUUUAAAGGACAACGAAAUAAUGACUUCACAACGUAUUAUAGAAUCAACAGAAACUGAACCAUCGCCGUCUCUUGAUACUUUGUCAUCUUUUAAAGAGAAAGAAAUAAUGUCCUCACAGCGUUUUAUAGAAUCAACAGAAAUUGAACCAUCGCCGUCUCUUGAUAAUUUGUCAUCUUUAAAAGAGACAGAAAUAAUGGCCUCACAGCGUAUAAUAGAAUCAACAGAAAUUGAACCAUUAUCGUCUCUUGAUAAUUUGCCAAUUUUAAAAGAAAAAGAAAUAAUGUCUUCACAACGUAUAAUAGAAUCAACAGAAACUGAACCAUCGCCGUCUCUUGAUAAUUUGUCCUCUUUAAAGGACAAAGAAAUAAUGUCUUCACAACGUAUCAUAGAAACAACAGAAUCUGAACCAUCUUCGUCUCUUGAUAAUUUGUCAUCUUUAAAAGGGACAGAAAUAAUGUCCUCACCACGUAUAAUAGAAUCAACAGAAACUGAUCCAUCGCCGUCUCUUGAUAAUUUGUCAUCUUUAAAAGAGAAAGAAAUAAUGUCCUCACAGCGUUUUAUAGAAUCAACAGAAAUUGAACCAUCCACGUCUCUUGAUAAUUUGUCAUCUUUAAAAGAGACAGAAAUAAUGUCCUCACAACGUAUAAUAGAAUCAACAGAAGCUAAACCAACUUUAUCUCUUGAUAAUUUGUCAGAAGAGUUGAAACAAAGUACUCCUCUUAAUCAAAUGUAUCUUAGUAUCUUAGAUUCUAUUGAAGAUAAUAAACGUUACAUAACUGAAUAUGUGGAGCCAAAAACAUAUAUUUCAUCCUCAUUGGUUUUAAAUUUUCUUGUAUCUAGCUAUACAGAUUAUGAAAUAACUCCGUCUAUUUCUGAAGAGGUUUUUAAGAAAUCAGUCUAUUCAUUUCAUGAUGAAAUUUCUAAAUCAAAAGUGAAUCCUAGAUUAACGAUGAUAUAUGCAACGGAAUUAUCUACUAGGAGGUUCAAGAUGACCCACGAAACUACUUAUUUCGAUACCAGUCGUACAUCAAUAGUGUCUGAUAAAUUGUCAAAUGACUUUCUUCACACCGAAAAGUACCAAUUAGAGUAUAUGGAAUCUGAAACACAUAGUUUGAAUUCUUCGCAUGCAACAAAAUUAUAUAUUACACCUGACAUGGUUGUUACCAGUACUCUAAUGUCUACUUCGGAUAGCAGUGUAUUUAGUAUGCUUCCAAAAGAUUUUCGAACAAUUGAUGCGAGUCAGGUUUAUGUUGAUAUUACAAGCGCCAGAGAUCAGAGUGAAGUUGGAUUAGAAGAUUUAAAUAUGUUUUCUACAAAAUAUCCGUCUUCUUUUUCUGGUUCAGGUCACUCAGAUGAUAUCAUAUCACCAAAGACAUCUCAUGUCACAGAGACAGUUAACAAUAAUAUUCAAGUGUAUUCGGAUAAUGUAACACGAACCUUUAAUCAAACUCGACCUGAUUUACAAUUUCAUACGACUACAGCAAUGUAUUCAGGAGAAAGCUCACAAUUGGCAAUGCUCUCAUCUCUAUCAUUUUUAAACACACCAGUAAAUGUAAAUACUCUAGAUAACUCUGAUUUCAUAAGUAGUAAACUUACUUUAAAAAGUGACGAAUUUAGAAAAGCGUCAGUAAGUAGUACAAACAUAUCACCUGAUAAAACUAUGUCAUUGACAGCAGGCAAUAUCAUGUAUACAGUCGCAUCAGUUGAUAAAACUGUAAAUUCUACGGUAGAGCCAUCCUCCGUAGAGGGGUUAACAAGCAGUUUGCCAGAACGCAUAACAAAUUCAACCACAAAAUAUAUAAGUCAAUCAGCUUUACCUUUGAAUAAAACAAGUCGGUAUUUGUCAACAACACCUAUUUUCACGGAUCCAUCUUCGCCAUUGACAAUAUUGUACAGCUCCGAUACAUACGCAUCAGUAUCAGCAACUCUAAAUCUAGAAACAACGUUUGUAGAUGUGAAUCAACAACACUUUAAAUCCGACCUAGUUACAAAAAUGGAACAAACUUUUGAAAAGUCAUCAAUGUCAUUUGUCGGUUCUAUGACAGACACAGGAAGUUCUACAUCGGAAUUUCCUUUUGACGAAUCAACUUAUAUCAGAUAUAUGCAACAAGCCGUUAGUGAAAUGUAUAUCGAUUUCCAAUCUAGUAAUGAAUAUAAACAAGAUAGUACAAUGCGUUUAUAUGAGUUAACUGCAAUGUAUGAGACUGAAACCACAAUGCCAUUUUCAGAUAAGAAUACCUCUAAUUCUACCCAAGAACUAAGACCAUCAUCAUCAGCAGAAGUUGCUGAUGGCUCAUAUGUAUAUGUUUCACCCGACACUUCGUUAUCCGAAAACCAAACCUCAAUAGCAAUUGACAAAUUCUAUAGUUUCAGUCCGGAUCCGCCAAGCGAUCAUCGGUAUCUUCAAUCAUCGCAACCCACGUUUUCUGCUAUGACAGAACAGUCCUUUACAUUGGUGAAGCAUGUUUCUUCUGAAGUUGAAUUUUCAUCUACUAUUUAUACGUUUUCAGCUGAGUAUUCAGAUUCGUCUGACAUCAUGAAAAAUAUCGGUUCAUCUUUAAUCUCAUCUGCAAUAGAUGAAUAUGUGUCAGUAACAGAAAAAUCGUCAAUAUCAAACUUUUUAUAUAGUAUACAACCAAAUAUAACGAAGAACCCAAUAACAGAAAAACUUUAUGUAACAAAACUGAAACCCGAAAUAGAAAACGAAAUAUUUAUAAAUGAAACUUGGAUUCUAAUACCAGUAGAUGACUCGUAUUCUUCUAAAUUGAUAAUAACCCCGCAAAAAGAACAAAUGAUUUCAUCUCAAAUAAUUUCAAAACAAUUAGAUAUGAUAUCAAGUAGAGAGAUCGAAUCUCACCAUUCUCUCAUUUCUCUUGAUAAUCAACAUAAAAAAUCCCUUACUUUUGAAUCAUUGGACAGUUCAGCAGCAACGGAAAAUAAAUUCAAUUCACAAUUUCAAUCUCAAGUACAAGAACAUGAUUCUUUUGUGAAUUCAAUGACAACCUUAGCUGUUGAAAGUUCCAUCCUUCAAAAUAGUGCAGUAGAUCUUUCUCUCUAUAAAACUGUUAAUACAACACUAUCAAAAUCAUUUACCAAUAUAUUGUCACACAAAACAAGUAUUCGUAAGCCGACAAACAUGUAUAUUGAACCAACAACUGUGCUGAAGGCUACUACAAAUGUAGAUGAAUUAUUUGCAACUCGAAGUGUAAUAUUUGAAUCUCUAAAAAGCAACAGUUCUGAACUCUUUAUGUCAGAAACUAAGCCAGUGCCUGAAGUCAUAACUAAUGAACUUGCAUCAUAUGUUGAAGAACAGCCUCCAUUGGCAAAUCUAAAGACUUCAAUCGCAAGUGCAGAGUUGGCUUCUGUGACGAGUUUUAUAGACUUAUUAUCACAGCAGGAAUCUGGAAUAACUGACCAUUUUAAUAGUACUUUACUUUCAACUGAAAUCAUUGCUUCGGUUUCAAUCGGACGCGCUGAAAAUAACACUUCAAAUACAAUCUCAUUGCCCAUAUCGAACAGUUCAACUGCUUCGACAAUUAGCACGACUGGUUCUUUGAAUAGACCAAUGCCUCCAAUGACAGUUCUUGCUAAACCCAUCUCUGAGGAAUGGUUUCUUAUUGAACCUGUUGAUACCUCAUUACGUUCUGAAGAAUACGGUUCUUCCAAUGUCUUAAUUGCACAUUCUUCUAUAGAAAAUAAGGAAUCAUCGAACACACAAUCCGCUGCAGUUUAUCCAUCAUUGACUAUUCCUGAAAAGUAUAGUUUAUUGUUUGCGGACAUGUCCUCAGAAGCAAAUAUUCUUCAACCUGUUGUGUCGACACCGUCGUUCUACAUUACCUCAAGUAUAGACUUAUAUACUACACUCAGUAUCAACGAAGAAACAGACAUAGUUGAUGUUUCCUCCUCAUCUCUUAUAAAAAAAGAAAAACUUGAAUCCAAAUUUCAAACUUUUGACAAGACAUUUACAUCAUUGUUACAAAGUAAAUUUCAAACAGCAUAUGCAAUGGAUCAACUAUUUCCUAGUGAGUCACUUACAACAUCACAUGUAUCUGAUAAAGAUUUUAAAACUACACGAGCGAUUGCUGACACAGCUUUUUCUACUGAGAAAAAUUUACAAUCCAAUUUUAAUUAUGUUGAAACUACCUCAAUAACAUUGAACAAAGGACAGUCAAUACUAGAAGGAAACCAAUCUACUGAGUUUAUUUUAAAAUCAACGAAGUUAGCUGAAAGGAAUCUCGUAGAAAAUACAUUAUCUAACUUUGUCGUAGCAUCGCAGUAUGACAACAUACAUUCAAUCAGAAGUUAUAUUAUAUCUUCGUCAGAUUUUCCUAGUGAUCCUCUUUCAAUGAUGAAUUCGAUUGACCAAACAAUAGAGGGCACAAUAGUUUCAAAGAUUCAAAUGUCACCCGAUAGAAGAUAUUUGUCUUCUAUUACGAAGGAUAACAUUUCUCAUAUUCUUACUGAUCAUUAUACGUACAGUCAUGAUGUUAUGGCUGCAAGCUCCAUAACUAGCAAUAUGCAACUCUUAACAAAUGGAAAUAUACCAAACAAUACUCCAUUUGAACAAAAUUUAAAAGUAGAAUCCUUGAAGCUGCCAUCUGAUGCUUUUCAGACUUCGGUUCAAAAGGAUAAAAUCUUUAAAACUGAAUUCAAUGAAACUAACAUGAAUUUAAUUACACCAUCACAAAUACAAAAUGUGCAAGAAAGUUCGUUGUCUUUAAGCUCCGUGUUUGCAGUGACCGUAGAUGAUCAGAUACAACAUAAAUCGCAAACUGCUGCCAUUUACUAUUCAAUUAUCAGACCAUCGGAUGUUGUGUUAUCUUAUUACAUCAAUAUGUCUACAGCAAGUAGACCUCAACUUACGAUUAAAUCUACAUCUGCUAUUGAGAAAAACAUUUCGUCUUCCAAAUUGGCAAAAAAUGGCAUUAUUUCUCAUAAAACAACAACGCAAGACCUAGUAACAUCUUCUAUACUCAACGUUCCUGAUAUUUUCCCUAAUGCCUUUUAUGACACACAUAACAACUUAUAUCCUACCUAUCUUAGUUCUAUAACAAGGGAAGUAAUUCAAAUUAUGAAUCAUUCAUCUACGUCUCAAAUACAAGAAAAUAUGGCAAUGGACACAUCUUUGAUAAAUAGUACAUUAUCUACUGAAAAAAGUGAACAAGAUAUAUCAUCAAGCGCAGAAAACUUCCUAUUCAGCAAAAGUGAGGAAUUGAAUUUCUUUAGAACUACAACACAACCAUCUUCAAAUAUAGUUAUAGACAACAUAAUGUCAAAUGUGUCCGCUUCGAAACAAAGCAUCGUCGAUGGUGUGUCAACUAAACAAACUGACGUUAAUGAUACAUAUUGGAUUUUUAAUAAGUUAUCUCCUAGUUCAACUACAACAAAAAGCUCUAUAUACCAUUAUAAAAUCAAUAAAACCAUGGUGAUUGAUGGUUCAGAAAAAACAAAUGCAGAACUUUCUGACGAAGUAUUAAGUUCAGCAAAUCAAUCAGAUCUUAAGAAAAAUAAAACUUUCUUAAGCAAGAUAAUUAAAAAUGAAAUAUUGAAAACAUCGUUCAUAAGCAUACCUGACAUUUCUAUAACAGAAACAGUAGACAAUUUUAUUAGGACUUCUAGUUUUGAUAUUUCAGUGACAAAUUUACAUCUUUCAACAUUAUUUUUGACUUCUUCGGAAUUAGAUACAAGUGAAUAUUACAACCAAGGUUCAUCUAUUUAUCCAUCACAGAGUUUACCACCGUCUAGUGUUCUAAGCUCUUCCAAAGUACAAGAUAAUAUACCAGAUAUUUUGAGAUUUUUAGAUACAACUCCAUAGAAGCAUUAACAAUGACUUUAGUUGCAACAUUGUUUUCAAUUAAUGUGACAUUAUGUUGGCUGCAAUUACCUUCAUUUCAUCUUUCAUGCAUCAUAU